AAGUUUGUUUUGAUCAGGUAUUUUAAACCUAACGUAAUGUGGGAAAGGACUGAUGGGGAGUCCUUAUGCAUUUUUCAUGAGCUGGUAUAAGCAGCUGAAUGAAUUCAGUGAGUGUCACACCAUGUAGCUUGCAGACAAACCACAUCCACAAGGAGGCUACUGACACAGAAAGCACUCUGGCGCAUUUUCAGAGGGAAAGCCAGGACUGAUCAAGCUCUUUUCUGAAGGGACUGACUUAUCUGUUCUUCGAUUAUGCUGCUGUUGCUUUAGGCAGCCUUUUCAUUCAGACCUCAGCUGGCUGAAUGACUGGCACGGGGGUUCUCGAUUUAUCAGCAUUUGAAUCUGCAGCAAUGUCUCUGGGCUGUGCUAUUGUUGUGUUUUCUGAAUGGUGAAAGCUAACACAACAUCCAAGCUAUGACAGCAAAAGAUUCUUCUAAGGAACUUGCUGCUCCAGAGACGGAGAUUUACAUAAAGACUUUCAAAGAACAAAUGCAUUUGGAACUCGAGCUUCCCAGAGUGCCGGGGAACAGACCCACCUCUCCAAAAAUCUCCCCCCGCAGCUCUCCAAGGAACUCUCCAUGCUUUUUCAGAAAGUUGCUGGUGAAUAAAAGCAUCCGUCAACGGCGACGUUUUACAGUGGCACAUACGUGCUUUGAUGUGGAAAAUGGCCCAUCACCAGGUCGCAGCCCACUGGACCCUCAGGCUGGCUCUUCUUCGGGACUUGUGCUCCAUACCACUUUUCCAGGGCACAGCCAGCGCAGAGAGUCAUUUCUUUAUAGAUCAGACAGUGACUAUGAUCUGUCACCGAAGACCAUGUCCAGGAAUUCCUCUCUACCAAGUGAACAACAUGGAGAUGACCUGAUAGUUACACCUUUUGCUCAGGUCUUGGCUAGUUUGAGAAGUGUAAGGAAUAACUUCACAUUAUUGACAAAUCUGCAAGGAGCAUCAAACAAGAGGUCACCGGCAGGAAAUCAACCACCAGUCUCCAGGGUUAACAUUCAGGAGGAAUCUUAUCAAAAAUUAGCAAUGGAAACUUUGGAGGAAUUGGACUGGUGUUUAGACCAACUUGAAACCAUUCAGACCUACCGAUCUGUUAGCGAAAUGGCAUCAAAUAAGUUCAAGAGAAUGUUGAACCGAGAACUGACACACCUUUCGGAAAUGAGCCGAUCGGGGAACCAAGUGUCUGAAUAUAUUUCAAACACUUUCCUAGACAAACAGAAUGAUGUGGAGAUUCCCUCUCCCACACAGAAGGAUAGAGAGAAAAAGAAAAAGCAGCUCAUGACACAGAUCAGUGGUGUUAAAAAGCUAAUGCAUAGUUCAAGUUUGAAUAAUACUAGCAUUUCAAGAUUUGGUGUGAAAACAGAAAAGGAAGACCAUCUAGCCAAGGAGCUGGAGGAUCUGAAUAAAUGGGGUCUGAACAUAUUUAACGUUGCAAGAUAUUCACACAGUAGACCUCUCACCUGCAUUAUGUAUGCUAUUUUUCAGGAGAGAGAUCUGCUAAAGACAUUCAAGAUCUCAUCAGAUACCUUCAUAGCUUACAUGAUGACUUUGGAAGACCACUACCAUUCCGAUGUGGCCUACCACAACAGUCUCCAUGCGGCUGAUGUAGCCCAGUCAACACAUGUUCUCCUGUCCACCCCAGCCUUGGAUGCUGUCUUCACUGAUCUGGAAAUUCUUGCAGCCAUUUUUGCAGCAGCAAUUCAUGAUGUGGAUCACCCUGGUGUCUCCAACCAGUUUCUUAUUAAUACAAAUUCUGAGCUUGCUCUGAUGUACAAUGAUGAGUCAGUUUUGGAAAACCACCACCUUGCUGUGGGUUUUAAGCUGCUACAAGAAGAGCAUUGUGACAUCUUCCAGAACUUGACCAAGAAGCAACGUCAAACUCUCAGGAAAAUGGUGAUAGACAUGGUCUUGGCCACAGAUAUGUCCAAACACAUGUCCCUACUGGCAGACCUAAAGACUAUGGUGGAAACUAAAAAAGUGACAAGUUCCGGAGUUCUGCUUCUAGAUAACUACACAGACAGAAUACAGGUUCUCCGAAAUAUGGUCCAUUGUGCUGAUUUAAGUAAUCCCACAAAAUCCCUUGAACUCUAUCGACAGUGGACAGACAGAAUCAUGGAGGAAUUUUUCCAGCAGGGGGACAAAGAACGGGAGAGAGGAAUGGAAAUCAGCCCAAUGUGUGACAAGCACACAGCUUCUGUAGAGAAGUCACAGGUUGGCUUCAUUGAUUACAUUGUCCACCCGCUUUGGGAGACAUGGGCAGACCUAGUACAGCCCGAUGCCCAAGAUAUCCUGGAUACUCUAGAAGAUAACAGGAAUUGGUACCAGAGCAUGAUCCCUCAGAGCCCUUCUCCUCCCCUUGAUGAACGCAACAGAGACUGUCAGGGCCUGAUGGAGAAGUUCCAGUUUGAGCUUACGCUUGAAGAAGAGGACUCUGAUGGGCCUGAGAAAGAAAGUGAUGGUAUCAGCUACUUCAGCAGUACAAAGACACUCUGUGUGAUUGACCCAGGAAGAAGGGGUUCCCAAAGUGAAGCUAAUAUAGAAAUUGUGACAGAAGAUACAUCACCUAUUGAUACCUAAUAUAUUGUAUCUGUAAGGGUGAAUUCAUGCACAUGCAGGUUGUCUUGCUAACUAGCCUGAAAUCGAGGUCUUAGGCCAGCACCUACCAUUGGCUAAAAGACCUUUCCAGCUACUUGAGAUUGGAGUCAGGGUUAAAGAGCGUGUAGUGAUUGCUCAGGAAAUUAACAGGUGAUUAAUAUAGCAGCUUAAGCUUUGUCAGCCAAAAAAAACAAAAUCUGGAACCAGUGCGAGUUGUAACUGAACAAGCCUGAUCGUGAACAACACUCAACUGUAAUAUUUUCUAUUCUUAAGAGAUUUUGAAAUCUAGACAGGCCUGGCAUCUAGAACUACUGAUUUGUAACUCUGCAUUUAAAACUUGUCCACCUGUCUGCAGACCCGUGUGCCUUUUUUAUAAAAACUUCCACUUCUUUUCAAGAAUCCUACUAAGUACACAACAAAACAUGUUUGAUAUUGAUGUAUAAUUUUUUAAAAAAUAUUCCUGGUUUAAUGAAAUAGGUCUUCCUUUGUAGGGGCAAUACUUGUUUCCUUAUUGCAGUUUAAUCACGUUGACUUGCUAAAUAAAGCAGGGUGCCCUCCUCUUUGCAUUACUGCACCAUUGGUCACUUUAUCAACCCUGAAAAACCUGUGUUGUUAGCUACUGAAACAUGUCCACCCCCCCCCCCAGUUAAUUGUUUUUGACCUUUCUUGUGCACAGGAUAAAGUGUAGCUUUCUGUCCCAUAGCACAAUACAGCACAUGCAAAAGUCAACAUACUGAGGUAAUGUGAUGUGCAUUCUCCUCCCCUUAUUUUUUAAAGAAACUCGGUGGAAGUUGCACGCUUGGUCCUUUGUGUUUUCUCUUCCCCACUGUUCAUGUCCCCUUUUCUCUCUUGCACUUGCCUUGAGCUCUAACAUGUCCAGUACUGUUUAUAACAGUGUAUUUAUUACUUAAUGUAUAUAAUGUAAUGUUUUGUAAGUAUUAAUUUAUAUAAAUUAACAUUGCCUGUCAGUGGUGAUGUUACUUGUGUAGAAUACUCUGCAUAAGAGUUGCCUUUCUUGUAACCUUUUGUAUUGUAUAAAGUAGAAAAACCUGAACAUAGCUUAAAAGAGACAUAUUGAACCCAGAGAGGGCAUUCAGGUAGCAUUGGCUCACGGGGUUUCAUUUUCACUGGCAUUUGGGAAAUCAUCACAGUUGGUGGGUGAUGGAGAAAAAUUUAGAAUCAUCUGUUCAGAUGACGUGAAACUACUGAAACUUUUAAAAAGAAACCUUCAGUAAAAUGCCACAAAAUGUUAAGUGUCAGUUUCCAAUUAAUGAACGACCCAAUGUGAAUUUCUAUGACAAAAUGUGAACUGGUGUUAUAAUUGUGCUGUGAAACUUCUUCCAACAAAGCUUGUUAGGCAUGUAUACAGUGCCAAUCUCAGUUUGUAAAACUAUGUUCCAAGCUUUCAGUCCAACUUGUGACUAACUAGUUGAUGAAAUAGCACAGUUGUGCAUGAUCAAUGGGUUUGUAUGUCUGUUGAACACUGCAUUGUUCCAGGUGGUUAUUUUGUUUCAAAGUUUCACACAAUGUAUGUUGUUAUAGUAUUAUAUAUUGUGUUCAGAUGCAUUCUUAAGAGAUUUUUAUAUGAAGUGAAUAAAUUAAAGCAUGACUUAG